AGGCUUAUCAGGUUGUGAAAUCCCAAGUAAAGCUACAAAGGAGGACCAAGAAAGAGUAUUUUACCCAGGAAAACAUGAAGCUGAGAUGUGCUAUGGAGGAGAAGCUGAUCUACACAAACAUGUGGCAGACUGUACUAAGAAUCCAGGUCACAAAGGUUUUAUACCUCUUAAAGAUUUCAACAUAAAUUGUCUCCCUUCACGUUACCAAGACGACCUCAUGUCUGAGUCAAUCAAAACAUUGGCAGCCCUAACUGUCCAGGUAAAAACUAAAUUCACCAGUCAAGAGAGACCAGAGUUUUACCCAGGCACUCAAGUUCCAUAUCCAUGUUAUAAUGACAGAGGAAGUCACGUGAUUAGGUUAUUGACGGGGAGGAUUUGUUAUGUAUACAAAUCAACGGACAUUGAUGAAGAUUGUCAAGUCUCUGCCACACCCAGCAAAGUCUGGGGUGAGAUCCGUGUAAUAACAGCCACACACAUGGUGUUUGAUGACAGUGAGGCGAAACAGACCAGGUGUGUUUUAGGUUUUGAUGACAAUACAAGUCCAGUGGUCAGUCUUGAUGGCUGGGAGGUGGUGGGGAAGGCGCACACUGAAAGAGAUAGAUGUGAGUUAAAAUACUUGACAUGUGAUUUAAGUCUAGUCGAUGAUCUUGAGAAAGACUGGCGAAGAUUUGAUGAUCUACACUCAGAAGUAAAAAACAAAUUCAGAGAUACUGUUGAUAUAGACAAGUUGACAGUUAUAGUGUCAUAUCCGCAUGGUUGUCCUAAGCAGAUCUCUGUAGGACAGUGGAAAUACAAGAAAAAAAGAGAAGAUAGGUACUCUAGGUACUGGUACACAACAUGUACAUGUCCUGGUUCCAGUGGAGCGACUGUCUACAUUCCUAGCAGUGGUGGCUGGUGGCGCCAACAUCCACACAGUGGAUCUAAUGAUGAUGGAAAUUACAGUGGCGAGUGGUUGAGCUAAUAUAAUCACCAGUUCUCCUUUGGCUACACAAUUUAAAACAAAAACAAUGCUCGAUAUAUCAAUGUUUUGACAAUAAGUGUCUAGACAUGUUUGGCAACAUUUCGAAUAUAACAUAACUUGCUUUUUAAACCGCUUAACAAUUAUGAUUAUUACCAAAGACAAUCACAUUUUUAGUCAAAUGU